AUUUGUAAAUAAAGGAAAUCUCCAGCAAUCUUACAAUGGCAGAAUUUUUGGACCAUUUGAUGUUGUUUCCCAUUAAUGCCCUAAUACAUUUAAUUCACUUAAAAAUAAUUAUUCAAUCUUACAAAUAAAUCAACACAUACCUUCAAGGUCAGCAGAGGAGUUGCGGGUGAAGGAGUGAGUACAGGGAUUGGCUGAGAAGCGGAGCAGCCUUGUCGAGGGAAGUCCCUUGUGAGAAAAGUGCUAGUCUUUGGCUCGAGAGUCUUCGGCAAGGAGGCUGAGGGAGGAGACUACUGCAAAAGUUGGAGAGGGUGAGACGCAGUGAAGAAAUGACAGAUAAAUAUGCAUCUGGUGCCCGUCUGUGCAUUGUUGAGUCAGGAGGAGUCCUGUGUUCUCUUUGCUUCUUGCCUCUGGGUCUGGAAAUGGGAAACUCCAAAAGCGGUGCCCUCUCCAAAGAUAUCUUGGAAGAUCUCAAACUCAACACCAAAUACACAGAAGACGAGCUAUCAAUAUGGUAUCAAACAUUUUUGAAGGAAUGUCCAAAUGGAAAGAUCACCAUGGCACAAUUUCAAAAGAUCUACUCUGGAUUUUUCCCGGAUACGGAUCCCAAAGAAUACGCUCAACAUGUUUUCAGGAGCUUUGAUACCAAUUCUGAUGGGAUCUUGGAUUUUAAGGAAUACAUCAUUGCGCUUCACCUCACCUCCUCGGGAAAAACCUCGCAGAAACUUGAAUGGGCUUUUUCUCUUUUUGAUGUCGAUGGCAAUGGGACUAUCAACAAAACAGAAAUAUUGCAAAUUGUCAAGGCUAUAUUUAAAAUGAUAAAUGAAGAUGAACUAAAAACACUACCAGAGGACGAGAACACACCAGAGAAGAGAGCUGACAAAAUCUGGGACAAUUUUGGCAAGAAGGAAAAUGAUAAAUUAACAGAAGACGAAUUUAUUCAAGGCACCCUGGAAAACAAUGAAAUUCUCCGAAUGAUUCAGUUAGAACCAAACACAAUCAAAGAAAAGCUAAAAAGGAAAUAGCUUCAAUCAUUCACUGGGAAUAAUAUUUUCCCAAAGACUGUUCCAAGAUUGUUUACAAAUUACUGGUUUCUCAAUAAUACAAUGCAAGAGCUGUAUAAUUAAAUAUUAAUAAAAGAUUCGGUGUACAUUUCGA